AUGCCCGCUGCUACGAACGGAUGGCGCUACCUGCUGGUCGUCAAGGACGACAUGUGUGGGUACGUGCGCUUGUACCCCGGAGCCGACGCCACCUCUCAGGCCACGGCUUCAGCCCUCUUGGACUGGUUUGGUCUCAUUGACGUCGUCGCGACGUGGGUGUCGAUGGUCCAGUCAGCUCUGAACCACCAACCCGCCGAUCGUUUGGGUGGUGUCCCACCGAUCACGGUGUUCCUGGCUCUGCCAGCCAGCACACAGUUGCGCGCUCUCUUCCACCUGCGUCUAAUGGAACAGGCGACGGUGGAUUGGCUGGCAAAGAGCCAGCAACAGCAACUGCAAGCGGUUAACUCCGCUCACGAUCGGAUGCACAAGGACUGUCUGGCGAGUGCGGCGGCGAAGCGUGACAGGAAGCGCAAGCAGCGCGAAAACAAUUAA